UUCGCGUGGUCUUGUGAUCGAACAGCUGAACGAGCCAAGGAGGACGAGGGUGAGGACCGUGUGCUGGACCUUCCGAGUGAGAUUACUUUUUAAAUCGGCGUGAAACCUCGACGGCAAUCAUGGACCGUGCGAACAGCAUCAAGCAGAUGAUACCGGCAUUGCCGGACGAGAAAAUCGAUAUGCUGGCAGCUACCAGUGUGCUCCAGCAGCAAGCUGCCGAUAUCAGGAAUCAACGAAUUAAUUGGCAGUCGUAUUUCCAAUCACAAAUGAUAUCGAAAGAGGACUAUGAUUUUAUAGCGGCCUUUGACUCGAGCGAUACUAAAACAAGGGAGAAUAAGCUGAAGGAGAAUCCACAUCAGGCAGCUAAAACGUUCCUCAAUUUGCUCGGUCACGUUUCGAAGGAUCAGACGAUUCAAUAUAUUCUUACAAUGAUUGACGAUAUGCUACAGGAGGACCGCAGUCGUGUGGAAAUCUUUCGCGAGCACUCGACGCGGAAACGAGAAUCUAUUUGGGGGCCGUUCCUCAAUCUAUUGAACAGACAAGACGGCUUUAUAAUGAAUAUGACAUCGCGUAUUAUAGCCAAAUUGGCUUGCUGGAGUCACGAUCUCAUGGAAAAAACUGAUCUUCAGUUUUACUUAACAUGGCUCAAGGAUCAGCUGAAACUUAGCUUCGAUGCCCUUCAGGACCACACAGACUUGCAUGCGGGACUAGAACAAGAUACUGCUGUGGAGCAGGCCAAGGAGGCCAAUGAACUGCACGAAUUUCUCAACCCGAACAAUGAGUACAUUCAGUCGGUGGCACGAUGUCUACAAAUGAUGCUUCGUAUAGACGAGUAUCGCUUUGCAUUCGUGUCCGUCGAUGGAAUUUCGACUCUCCUCAGCGUUCUGUCUGGCAGAGUAAACUUCCAAGUGCAAUAUCAGCUUAUUUUCUGCCUGUGGGUACUUACUUUCAAUCCUCUAUUGGCAGAAAAGAUGAACAAAUUCAACGUCAUACCCAUUCUUGCCGACAUACUCAGCGAUUCUGUCAAGGAGAAAGUAACACGUAUUAUACUUGCAGUGUUCAGGAAUUUGAUUGAGAAAGUAGAGGACGGACAAGUUGCCAAGGAACAUUGCAUUGCUAUGGUGCAAUGCAAGGUGCUGAAGCAGCUCUCGAUAUUAUGCCAACGAAAGUUCGACGACGAGGACAUCACCGACGACAUCGAGUUCCUCAAUGACAAACUGCAGGCAUCCGUGCAGGAUCUAAGCUCAUUCGACGAAUAUUCAACGGAAGUGAAGUCCGGCCGUCUGGAAUGGUCUCCCGUUCACAAGUCCGGCAAAUUCUGGCGCGAGAACGCCAGCCGUCUUAACGAAAAGAAUUACGAGCUUCUGCGUAUUCUGGUCCAUCUGUUAGAGACUAGUAAAGACCCGCUCGUUCUCAGCGUGGCUAGUUUCGACAUCGGCGAAUACGUGCGCCAUUAUCCACGUGGCAAGCACAUAAUUGAACAACUUGGUGGAAAGCAGCGCGUAAUGCAACUUCUCGGACACGAGGAUCCUAAUGUUAGAUACGAGGCUCUUCUUGCAGUGCAAAAACUUAUGGUACACAACUGGGAGUAUCUUGGAAAGCAGUUAGAGAAAGAACAGACGGGUGCAACUGGAGCACCUACCAACAAGCCCGGAGCACAAGUGCCAGCGAAAGCUUGAACAUUCGUGCAAUUUGUACAAAUUUUCUGGUUUCGAAAAAGUUUCGAGAGUAUUAUAUAGUAUCGCGUGAAUAUAAUCUAUCGUCCGCUUGUUGCAAAGCACACAGUAACUCAAGAUAUUUACAUUCCUCUCCAUUCUGUAUCAUUGUAAAAAAAAAAGAGAGAAGAUAUAUGACCGAAUUUAUCUUUCCUUUGUGCAAGUUAAUUUUGUAACAUAAACUGUUGAUCGAAUUAUGUAUAUAUACAGAUGUUUUACAUCGUGAAUAUGAGAUAAGUAUAUAAUUGUCGGUGUAAUGAACUUCAAUCGUGUAAUAGCUUUAUGAAUAGAAUUUGUUCCCUGGAAUGUUAGAAAAGGAAAAUAAAAUUUUAUUCUGUUGAGAAAAAA